AGAUUAAGAAAAAAGUGUGAAACACAUUAAGAAUAUAAAACGAAAAUGCACUUUUAAAUUACGUGAAGUUUUUAAAGCCUCUCAUUAUGAACGGCAGCGACACAUCCAUGGCAACUCGCAUGUAUGUGUGCGAGUCUGUUGAACACCCAUCAUCACUGCUGUCAGGACUUAAUGAACAAAGACUAAAGGGCAUACUCUGUGAUGUCACGGUAAGAGUACAAGGACACCUCUUUAAAGCUCAUGUAAAUGUAUUGGCUUCAGCAAUGGGCUAUUUCAGAGACUUAUUCUGCAAGCCAUCAAAGGAAAAGCAAGUCGGCAUAAUAGAUAUACCUAUGAUAGUAAAUAGCGUGGGCUUUGCAAAAGUGAUGGACUUUGUCUACACAUCUCAACUUUGUCUUAGCCAAAGCACAGUGAUGCAGGUGCUAUGUUCAGCCUGCUACCUCCAGAUACCAUACGUGGUUGAGAAGUGCCAGGAGUUUAUCAGCACCCACGGCCACGUCACUUCCGCCUCCAGCCUGGCAGCAGUAACAGCCCCACUGUUACAAGACUUACAACGAGAGGGGGGAAUUACAAACGGCACAAAUACACAGAGUGCAAGCGCCAGUCUCUCCCUUCUAUCCCAGUUAAACAAGGCCAGUGAAAAAUCACGGGCUCGGGCAGACGCACUUCGCCACCAAAGUAGUCCACAACCAAGCAACCCAGAAAACGACGAACAGCACCAGGAAUGCGAGCUGAUCAACACCCCGCCUUCCCCAGCUAGCAGAUCACCGACCACAGGCGACCGUGGUAUAACAGACUCGCCCGUCGUUAGCGCUGGAUCACCAAGCAACCUUAAGAUCAAACAGGAACAAGUCGACUGCCGCAGGAACGACGAAUUUCCAAAUGAAACUUCAUCGUCAGGAGACGACAAACAGCUUGUUGCUGUCUAUUCACCACAAGAAGAACGUGGCGCCAACGAGCGAAGCCAUCCUCAGCCGACCAGCAUUAAGAAUAUUAUCUUCACAACGAGUCGGUCUCGCAUAGAGGGAAACGGUAAUGAUACCCAGCAAGACCGUGAGGCGAUCGACCACAAAUCGUUGGCUGAAUACUUUUCUGGUGAUCGGGAUAAAAUGGAUACAAACGGAACUUACCCGUUUCGGUUUGAAACUCGAUUGGAAGAUCCCAACUCUACUGAACAGAGCUCAUUUAUGUUAGGAAAUAAUCAGGAUCGGAACAAUCAAGUUACUACAUUGACGCAUUAUAGUUUGAACGUAAAACAACAAAAAGAAAAACCUAAAAAGGAAUACAAAUGCGACUACUGUGGUAAAAUGUUUGGCCGCCAGCAGCAUCUUAAACGUCAUAUACUCACACAUACCGGUGAGCGGCCUUACCCGUGCCAGUACUGUGAAAAAAGGUUUCGACGAUCCGAACACCUAAAGCAUCAUCUCGUGAGCCAUGAGCAAAUCAUGGGAAUACAGAAUCCUCCAUCACGAAAAAGGCAACGUCGCAUGGAAAGAGAGGACGCCUACUCGAUGUCCAAGAUGAUGCUCGAUUCUUACAGCCAACCGGAACAAACCGGUAUGAACAUGAUCAUGUCAGCACCAGUGGUGUUGCCUUCAAUGUACACGCCAAGCGAUAUACAAAGAACAAGCCCGACGUUGCAGAUCACCGAAUUGCAUAGCGACCCUCAAGCGCCAGAUAGCGGAAUGAUUGACCUAAAUACUGGUCAACGGGUGUCGCCAGCGCACUCUGCCGCCUCCGCGUCUCCCGUGUCCGCACUGAACCUGUGUCGAGCCACCGUUAGAGACGACAUGCAGCCCUCCCCUGUUAGUGGAUUCUCCGAUCAAAUGUCGAAUGAAGAUAAAAUUGAACAAAGUAAUGCAGACGUUGAACAUGACUUCACGCCAGCUGCGUUGAACGGUUAUGAAGAGAAUCCGUCAAGUCAUGACAUUAUAGGUAUGGAAGGUAGUGAGGUGCUUACCAGUGACCUCAAGCGGCUAAUCGCCGCCAUGGAUGAGUGAUUUAGGUUUAAACUUUUUCACAGAAAUAUAAUAACUUAUACAUUGGACUCGGAGACAGCCUCGGCCCGAAGAAGACGUCAUUUUUUGUUUGCAACCGUUUUAUCGCCCACCAGUACAGCUCUUUCCAUAUAAUCUUAUUUAUUUCUUAUCGUAGCGAACAUCGUGUCCCGCUGAUUUAUGUAUCGCCCGUCUCACGUGCUUUUAACCACCUACCGUACUACUGCGUGUUUUUUCGUUUGUACAGCGCUUUAAAAAUGACGAGAACCGGACACGUACAAUUUACCGACCGAAGGAAGACUCGUGCAAUACUUUCCGUCCGUCGUUUCUCUUUCUUCCUUUGCCGCAAAGUCCAGCGUACCUGUGCCGACUUGAUACGUACUAAACAGACUGUGUUUUUAGCGCUUACCCCGCUUGCUUGUAACGCUGUUACAUUCUGGUUAUCCCCAAGCACUGUGGCACGUCCCUAUGUGCUACCAACGCUACAAACCCCUUUCUAAUAAUUCUUUCCCCGGCCACAUUUGAACAUGACAGCCAAACUGCAGUGUUGAAUUCUUAACUAACCCCCCACCCAUAACACAGUGAAUGCUUGCCACAGAUGUUGUAUAUUUGAAUCCGGGCCGCCUGUGCCCCUUUUCCGAAUACCAUUUUAUCGCUCCACCAUCGAGUUGUAUUCUUUUGCGUUAAAUACACAAUAAAUCAAUUUCUAAGCAAA